ACAACAAAGUGUUUCCCCUCUUUCUCACCCAUCUCUCUCUUAGCUUGCUCCAUAAAUAUGCGCUAGAAAGGGAAUUUGAAACCACCCCAUUUUGGAAAAUAACCUUAUUUCUUGGUCUGCAAAACAUCAUGGCAGAAGCGAGUUUCUUUGUUGGAGUCAUAGGUAACAUCAUCUCAAUUCUCAUGUUUCUUUCUCCUGUACCUACGUUUUGGAAAAUAAAGAAGCACGGAUCCACCGAAGAUUUCUCAAGCCUUCCUUAUAUUUGCACAUUGCUUAAUUGCUCCCUCUGGACUUACUAUGGAAUCAUAAAAGCUGGAGAGUACCUCGUGGCCACUGUUAAUGGCUUUGGCAUUCUCAUGGAGACAAUCUACAUUAUUCUAUUUCUCAUAUAUGCACCAAAAGGGAUAAGGGGUAGGACUGCUAUUUUGGCUUUGAUUUUGGAUGUGGUAAUCUUGACGGCGAUAUUAAUUAUUACUCAAUUAGCAUUAGAAGGAGAGACUCGUAGUGGUGCUGUUGGUGUUAUGGGAGCAGGCUUAAACAUUGUUAUGUAUUCCUCACCUCUGUCGGUCAUGAAAACAGUGGUGACUACAAAAAGCGUGGAGUAUAUGCCAUUCUUGCUUUCUUUUUUCUUCUUUUUCAACGGUGCCGUUUGGUUGUUGUAUGCUGUUCUCGUUCGUGAUGUUAUCCUCGGGGUGCCAAACGGUACUGGAUUUUUACUGGGAGCGAUGCAAUUAGUGCUAUACGCGAUCUACAGAAAUGGGAAGCGUGUUUCAAAUAACAGAUUGGAAGAAGGAUUACAACAUGAGCCUCUCAUCUCAGAGCCAAAUAAUGAGUCACAUCAGAGUGAAGACAGGCCCAUCUAGUUUGUCCUCAAGUUUUAAAGCUAUAUAUGCAUGCUAGCUCGACCAUUGUUAUUUGAUAUUUUCAAUAUAAAAAGAGAUAAGUUAAAUGUUCAAUUGAUUAGUUUAUUCGAUUAAAGUAUGUUUUUACCGAUCAAGUGCAUGAAUUAAUUAAUGUGAAAUUAUUUCAAUUAAAUCAAAAAUUUCGAGUUUAAAUUUUAGUAUUUAGUUGCACUGAAUAUCUUAAGUAAUUCAAGCAUGUUUGUUUCUUGUAAAAGAUACUAUACAAAUAUUAAAGUAUGUUUCAAAUAUCCAUGAUAAUAAUGUUAUUGCUUUUCGAAUCUGUCAAAAAUAUGGACAUCUACUGUACUCUACAUGAUAUGCCCUUGUUCCUCAGAGGCACCUAUAGUAAUUUAUUGAAUGGAAUGAAGAAUAUGAAUUAGAUUAAAUAUAGCAGUACAGCAUCAUAUCAUACAAGUUUAUAACGAGAUCAUGGAAGCACAAGCACCUGUGUAUUAAUUGUUCAAACAGAGAAGCAAGAACAUUCGAGUAGAUAGCUCCCUGUUAUAGAAUAUAGACAUGUUCUUUCAAUUUUUAUUCACUCAUUGGUCUUGUCAAAUGUAAAACAUAUUUCAGAUAAUUUUUCAAGGAGCUUUUUAUACUUCUUGGUAA